GAAGGAACCGGAAGCCGGAACCCUAAGCCAAAGGAAGCCGACGCCUCCGCAGGGUUUUCUUUUCCUGCUCUCUGCUGUCGCCUUCCAGGCUGAGCUCGAGCCAGCGGCCUUCCGGCCUAGCACAGCUUUCGCCAUGGCCCUCAGCGAUGCCGACGUGCAGAAGCAGAUUAAGCAUAUGAUGGCUUUUAUUGAACAAGAAGCCAACGAGAAAGCAGAGGAAAUAGAUGCGAAGGCAGAGGAAGAGUUCAACAUUGAGAAAGGUCGUCUUGUGCAAACCCAAAGACUGAAGAUUAUGGAAUACUAUGAGAAGAAAGAAAAGCAGAUUGAGCAGCAGAAGAAAAUUCAGAUGUCUAAUUUGAUGAAUCAAGCAAGGCUCAAAGUCCUCAGAGCAAGAGAUGACCUUAUUACAGACCUACUAAAUGAAGCAAAACAGAGACUCAGCAAAGUGGUAAAAGAUACAACCAGGUACCAAGUGCUGCUGGAUGGACUGGUCCUCCAGGGUUUGUACCAAUUGUUGGAGCCCCGAAUGAUUGUUCGUUGCAGGAAACAGGAUUUCCCUCUGGUAAAGGCUGCAGUGCAAAAAGCAAUUCCUAUGUAUAAAAUUGCCACCAAAAAAGAUGUUGAUGUCCAAAUUGAUCAGGAAUCCUACCUGCCUGAGGAAAUAGCUGGUGGAGUGGAGAUCUAUAAUGGGGAUCGUAAAAUAAAGGUUUCCAAUACUCUAGAAAGCCGGCUGGACCUCAUAGCCCAGCAGAUGAUGCCAGAAGUACGGGGAGCCUUAUUUGGUGCAAAUGCCAACAGGAAGUUUUUGGACUAAACCUUUGGGAGCGGUAGAGUUCAUCCACUGCUCUCCUGCUGUGGCAUGGAAGUUUCUGACAUUUGAAGAAACGAGAUAUCUGUGUGGCUUCCUCUUCCCUGUUCUCAUAGUCUGUAUUUGUCAGUGGAUACUCUGUGUAACUAAUGCCCUUAUCCUAAUUGUUGACAAUAGAGAAAGUUUCACUUCAUAUAAUCAGGAAAGUUCCUUUUUAGCUUAUCUAAAAGUAGCACAACUUUCAUCGGCUUGUGUAGUGUGAAGGUGAGGGUAUCAGAUGGUGGUCACAGGGGCUUCACCAAGUCUCCGCUCUUCCUCCAGUCUUCCAGUUCUUGAGCCUAGAGGGGAUGUGUACGGUGAUCUCUGACAUGAAGUCUUUGCUCUUAGGCUUAAAGUGCAUGGGGGCCGUGCAUUCCUCCCAGCAGUAGUCGCUUCACCGCUAACCUGUUUGGGCCUAGAAGUGUUCCUCAUCUGUAAAUGUGAUUUAAAACCUAAGCCAUGAAUAUGUCUUAUUUAUUAAAACAAAAGGUUUACGUGGA